GACAUAAGGGACUAGCGGCGCACAUAAUGAAAUAAGGGAGGUGGAAACUAGCUGAAGAUCCCUUCGCGGACAGACCUGAAACGAUGGACAUAUUCUUCAAAAACUGAUUUUUGAAAGAGUCAUAUUGGAUUCUUCACGUGAGCCGCCGAAUUACCCACAAGCACAUGUGAGAUGAUGCGCAGAGAAACGGUCUGCUACAAAACAGCAAGCUAACGUUAGAUGCCUUCACUGAAAAAGGCGCAGUGUCUAGCAAUGCAGGCCGGUGAAUCAGUAUUAGUGAGGAAACCUAGUAGUAGCAUUUAUGCACGGGCAUAUUAACGCAGAUAUAUUUUUGUCGCGCAGCCUAUUCGACUGUAAAUACACUGGCUAAUCGAACCGGCGGGUCAUCCAGCCAUUCUUUGGAGACACCGCGGUUAUCAGCGACGCAGGCCUGCUGGAAAGAGGCUCUCAAUACAUUGAGAUAUUCAACCCAACUGAUGUUUUAUGCCGCCAGCAUAAUGUAACGGAAACUUUAUUAUUCACUCGGGUAAGAGAAUAUCGUUAUAAAUUAGCGACUGCACUGUCGCGGGAACAGAGUUAGCCUGUUGGCAAUGCGACCGUCGUUUGGAUUUUCAUUUUUCAGUUUAUUGUUUGUUUUUCGAUGUUUUUGAAGGGGAAGCCACUUGUGUACAACAAUCUCGACAUCUACGCGAUAGCCAGGAAAUCCAGCAAACACACAGUUAACCUCAUAGCUUGUGCAAUCUCAUUGUCUUUUUGUUAAACUUGACGUCUGAAUCUACUAUUACGGUCCAUGGAUCAGUCGGCAAUGUCGGAAUGAUUUUCACGGAUGAUGAAGAGCAUAACAUUAUAGCUGAUGGGAAGUCGUUCCUGGAGUCAAGGAGACCGACACGAAUUUGGAAUCUGAGCACACAUUAGCCGGAAUGAGAUAAUAGAGCGGCGUAUGCAAGAUAACCUUGACACUUGUCCCCUCAGAUUCCAAUUAGAAUACAAAACAUGACCACACCGGCUCUCUUGCCUCUCUCGGGCCGCAGGAUACCGACUCUCUCGCCGGGUGCGUCCUCGUUUCCCCACCACAGGGCCACCCUGCGGCUCUCCGAGAAGUUUAUCCUCCUCCUCAUCCUCAGUGCCUUCAUCACGUUAUGCUUUGGAGCGUUCUUCUUUCUCCCGGAUAAUUCCAAACAGAAGCGCUUCGACUUGGGCUUGGAGGACGUGCUGAUACCGCACAUUGAACCCGGGAAGGAAGGCAAACACAGCGGUGGCCAGGUCAUCAUACAUGGUCCAGGAGGACACGAUGAACACCGACACAAGCAGGAGGAGGAGAGCCUGCGCGACAAGAUCCGGGCGGACCACGAGCGCGCGCUGCAGGAGGCCAAGGAGAAGCUGCGCAAGUCCAAGGAGGAGCUCCACGCCGAGAUCCAGACGGAGAAGAGCAAGCUGGCCGAGGACCUGAAGCGCCGGGACGCCGGGCCCAAGCCGCUGCCGCCCGUGCCCCUGCCCAAGCAGCUGGGCGUCAACGACGGAGACCCCGGCGACCCCGACGUCAAGGAGAAGAGGGACAAGAUCCGUGAGAUGAUGAAGCAUGCGUGGGAUAGCUACCGCCAAUACGGCUGGGGCCACAACGAACUGAAGCCGCUGGCCAAGAAAGGACAUUCCACCAACAUCUUCGGUAAUUCCCAGAUGGGGGCCACCAUAGUGGACGCCCUGGACACGCUGUUCAUCAUGGGCCUCCGCGACGAGUUCAAGGACGGACAGGAGUGGAUCGUGCAGAACCUCGACUUCGGCGUGAACGCAGAAGUAUCCGUGUUUGAGGUCAAUAUCCGCUUCAUCGGAGGACUGUUGGCUGCAUACUAUCUCUCUGGACAGGAGGUGUUUAAAGUGAAGGCGGUGCAGCUGGCGGAGAAGCUCCUCCCUGCGUUCAACACUCCCACGGGGAUCCCCUGGGCCAUGGUCAACCUCAAGAGUGGCGUGGGCCGUAACUGGGGAUGGGCAUCUGCUGGCAGCAGUAUCCUGGCCGAGUUUGGUACGCUGCACAUGGAGUUUGUUCACCUCACCUACCUGACUGGAAACCCAGCGUACUACCAAAAGGUGAUGCACAUACGCAAGCUGCUUGCCAAGAUGGACCGGCCCAAUGGCCUCUACCCCAACUACCUGAACCCGCGCACUGGCCGCUGGGGCCAACAUCACACAUCUGUGGGUGGAUUGGGAGACAGUUUCUAUGAGUACCUGCUAAAGGCCUGGCUCAUGUCCGACAAAACUGACAGCGAAGCGCGAAAGACCUACGACGACGCCAUCGAGGCCAUCGAGCGCCACCUUAUCCGUAAGUCGAACGGCGGCCUCACGUUCAUCGGCGAGUGGAAGAAUGGGCACCUGGAGCGGAAGAUGGGUCACCUGACGUGCUUCGCAGGGGGCAUGUUUGCCCUGGGCGCGGACGGAUCGCCCGACGACAAGGCCGGGCAUUACCUGCAGCUGGGGGCCGAGAUCGCACACACCUGCCACGAGU